AUGGAGCCUUUUUCUCUCAAUCUCAUGUUACCUGCAUUUUGCUCUACAUGCCUUCACCUAUUUCUUCUCUUUACUUUGAACUCACUCUGGUUUGGCCAAAACACCACUGCCUCGCCAUCAGGAAACGAAACUGACCAUUUGGCAUUGCUCAGAUUCAAAGAAUCAAUAUCCAGUGACCCAUAUGGAAUCUUGCCCUCUUGGAAUAGUUCUACACACUUUUGCAACUGGCGUGGAAUCACAUGCAGUCCCAUGCACCAAAGAGUUACCAAGUUGAACCUACAAGGUUAUCAAUUGCAUGGGCUCAUAUCUCCACAAGUUGGCAAUCUCUCCUUUCUUAUAAACCUCAACCUCGGAAACAACAGCUUUCACGGAAAAAUCCCGCAGGAAUUGGGUCGAUUGUUACAACUGCAACAACUCUAUCUUACCAACAACUCAUUGACUGGGGUAAUUCCUACAAACUUGACAAGUUGCUCUGAUCUCAAAGUCUUACAAUUGGCAGGGAACAAUCUUAUUGGCAAAAUACCAAUUGAAAUUGCCUCUCUUCGAAAACUUCAAUAUUUUAGUGUUACAAAAAACAAUUUAACUGGAGGAGUCCCACCCUUCAUAGGGAAUCUUUCAUCCUUAACUUUUCUUGGGAUGACUUAUAAUAACUUAGGAGGAGAUAUUCCACAAGAAAUAUGUCGUCUCAAAAACUUGACAGCUAUAACUGCGGGAGAAAAUAAAUUGUCUGGUAUAUUUCCUUCUUGUUUUUAUAAUAUGUCAUCUCUUAGUGCAAUCUCAGCUCCACAAAAUAUAUUUAAUGGGUCUCUUCCACCCAACAUGUUCCUCACCCUUUCCAAUCUCCAAGUAUUUGCAAUUGGCGGGAAUCAACUCUCAGGUCCAAUCCCCACUUCCAUUUCAAAUGCUUCUGUCCUUCAAUUAUUUGACAUAAAUGAAAACCAUUUUGUAGGGCAAGUUCCAAGUCUAGGGAACCUACAAGGUCUUCGGAUACUAAGUUUUUCUUUGAACAAUCUAGGUGACAAUUUAACAACGGAUUUGGAGUUUUUAAAAUCCUUGACAAACUGUAGUAAGUUGCAACUAUUAGGUAUAGACCACAAUAAGUUUGGAGGUAGUUUGCCAAAUUACUUGGGCAAUUUUUCCACCCAACUCAGUCAACUAUAUGCUGGGGGUAAUCAAAUAUCAGGACACAUUCCUGCAGAAUUAGGAAAUCUAAAUAGCUUAACUCUCUUGACCAUGGAAAAUAACCAUUUUGAGGGGAAUAUUCCAUCUACUUUUGGAAAGUUUCAGAAUAUGCAACUUUUAGAUUUGAAUGGAAAUAAGUUGUCAGGAGAUAUGCCAUCCAACAUAGGUAACCUCAGUAUGUUGUAUUAUUUGGGUUUAGAAGAAAAUUUGUUAGAAGGAAAUAUUCCUGUAAGUAUAGGAAACUGCCAAAAGUUACAAUAUUUAAAUCUUUCCCGAAACAAUCUUAGAGGAAUCAUACCUUUAGAGGUUUUUAGUAUUUCUUCGUUAACAAGUUUACUAGACUUGUCACACAACUCAUUGAGUGGUAGUCUACCUGAUGAAGUGGGCCAACUAAAAAAUAUUGAUGAGCUGGAUGUCUCUGAGAAUCAUCUAUCUGGUAAUAUUCCCGGAACUAUUGGAGAAUGCUUAAGCUUGGAGUACCUUUAUUUACAAGGGAAUUCCUUCAAUGGAAUUAUACCAUCCUCUUUGGCUUCACUAAAAGGUCUUCGACAUUUAGACUUAUCACGAAAUCAUUUGUUUGGAUCAAUUCCUGAUGUUUUGCAGAAUAUUGCUUUCUUAGAAUACUUAAAUGUAUCAUUUAAUAUGUUGGAUGGUGAGGUACCAACUAAAGGUGUCUUUCGAAAUGCAAGUGACUUAGUAGUGACUGGAAACAACAAGCUUUGUGGAGGUGUUUCAGAGCUGCAUCUACCGCCAUGCCCUAUCAAAGGUGACCAACAUGCAAAACACCAUAAUUUCAGGUUGGCAGCAGCAAUAGUUAGUGUAGUUGCUUUUCUUCUCAUAUUGUCACUCAUUCUCGCUUUCUGCUGGACGAGGAAAAGAAGCAAGAAACCAUCUUCUGAUUCACUAACAAUUGACCAGCUAGCCAAUGUUUCAUACCAAAAUCUACACCAUGGAACCGAUGGUUUUUCAAUAAGAAACUUGAUAGGAACUGGAAGCUUUGGCUCUGUGUACAAAGGAACUAUUGAGUCAGAAGACACAAUUGUUGCUAUAAAGGUCCUAAAUCUUCAAAAGAAGGGGGCUUACAAGAGUUUCAUUGCUGAAUGUUAUGCACUCAAAAAUGUUAGGCAUCGAAAUCUGGUUAAGAUUUUAACAUGUUGUUCAAGCAUAGAUUUCAAAGGUCAAGAAUUUAAAGCUCUCGUUUUUGAGUACAUGACAAAUGGAAGCUUAGAAAGUUGGUUGCAUCCUGCAACAGAAAUUGCAGAUCAGCGUAGAUCAAUGAACCUUGAGGAAAGGUUAAAUAUUAUUAAUGAUGUUGCUUCAGCAGUUCAUUAUCUUCACUACGAAUGUGAGCAAGCUUUCAUUCAUUGUGAUUUGAAGCCUGGCAAUGUUCUUCUUGAUGAUUGCAUGGUAGCUCAUGUGAGUGAUUUUGGCCUAGCAAGAUUGCUCUCAAGUGUUGGAGUCUCUGUGAUGCAAAGUAGCACAAUUGGAGUAGAGGGAACUAUUGGUUAUGCUCCUCCAGAGUAUGGAAUGGGUUCUGAGAUGUCAAUUGAAGGCGAUAUGUAUAGUUUUGGAAUUCUGAUUUUAGAAAUGUUAACUGCAAGGAGACCCACGGAUGAAAUGUUUAAAGAUGGUCAUACUCUCCACAAUUAUGUUAAAGUUACAAUUUCCAAUAAUUUUGUGGAGAUUGUAGACCCAACUAUUCACCCCAAUGAAUUAGAAAAUGAGAACCUGGGUUUUACGCAUCCUAAUGUAGAGAAAUGUUUACUCUCUCUUUUUAGGAUUGCACUUGCUUGUUCAAUGGAAUCACCAAAGGAAAGAAUGAAUAUGAUUGAUGUCAUCAAGGAACUUAAUUUGAUCAAAACAUUCUUCCCUUGGAGGCCAACUGCAUUACAACCACGCAACACUUGA